AUGGCUUCCUCAUCAAGCGACCAAACGCCAAUCUCACCCAUCAAGUUCACCAGGCCAGAACUCACCAUCUCAGCAGCCGCCAUCAACAAUGAACCCAUCGAGCUGGACGGCACAUCGAUUUCACCUGAUGAGCUACGUUUGGCGAGGCGCGGCUCGAAAGCUGAUGCACUCGCAGCGCUGGAGGCUGAGAAGGGUCUCAGUCGUGCUGAGCGGGAGCGGAGAGCCAAGCUUAUUCUGGAGAGGAAGUCGAACCCUGCUGUUCUUGUGGAUAUUCCUCAGGCUCCUGCUCCGGAUGAAUUGGAGCAAGCGGGAGCAGCUCAAGAUGAGGAUGGUGCUGGUACUGGCACUUUAAAGAAAGCCGGCAAGGCCUAG